UUGACUCAGUCAUGGAGUUGCUUUGAUGAGGCUUCAGCCCUGUAACGAAACGUCUGGCACCUAACUUAUCGCAGGGCCGGGUCGGUUGGGAUAAACGGUUUUCUCUUUUUCUUUUCUUUUUUUUCAUGUUUCCUAUCUACCAGCUUUGCUAUUAGAUUCCCUCUGGAAGAGGUUCAAAGAUGUUUAAAAAGAAAGAAAAAAUCAAGGCCCCUUUGUUUUAAGGUACCCGCAGCAAGCAGAUAAACAAGAUUUUUGUCUUUCUCUACAAACCAUGUUUCCCAUCCAGAGGGGCCCUUGUGCUGCGCGGUAUUCCCAGGGUUUAUUUUGAUUUUCCCUUUUCGCGAGUUUUCCCCUAGUUCCAGGAAUUUGGUAGGGAUAAAUAAUAGAAAUUGUGGUUAAGGGGACUUUCCGCUGAGCUUAGCAGUGAGCUACUACUACACUAUGGACGCGUUGAUUAUCAUUCUUUGCAUCUGUAGUAGUUAUGUAUGUAUGUAUGGCACGGUGCUGCUGGAGAUGAUGUGAUGCUUGGACUGGUUUGAUGUUGAUAUUCCAUCCGUCUAUUUUGUUCAUUAUUUCAUUCAUUAGAAGGCAUCGGGGAUUUCCUAGGCAUUGUUAGUUAACCAUGGCAGGGAUGGGGAUAGUGAUUUGUGUAUGGGUGAUAUUUGGGGGGGAGACUUGAGCCGCCGUCCUCUCAGACUCUGCCAGGUCAUAAUUAGUUACCCGAUCCAGCCAUCCCCUUCGACCUUCAAUCCUCGCAACUCGCAUCACUCAAGUCAGUCAGCAGCCAGUCACUCAUCUCCUCUCCUACAUUCGCUCUCUUGGUGUGCGCACACUCUCUUGUAUUAUUAUUCUGCUCUUGUAGUUGGUGCUGUUGUUGUUGUUGUUGUUGCUGCUGCUGUUGUGGUGGUGUCGCUGUCUAGUAGUAGUAGUAGUAGUAGUAGUAGUAGUAGUGGU